AUGUCUAAAUUACCUGAAUUCAAGAUUCCAAAUGUUGUGGAUCCAAAAUUAUGGCCAAAUCCUCGUACAAUGACUCCAUAGCAAUUAUAAACAUAUACAUCAUUAGAUAUGGUUAAAUUGAAUUAUACAUUCAAAACAUUAAAGAAAUCAGCUCCAUAUAUAGUAGGUGUAUUAGCAGGAUGUUUUUUAACAAAGCUUGUAGUAGAUGGAGUUGUAAAAGGAUAUAUAUUUGGAGAGAAUGGUAUAUUGUGUGAUUAAUAGUUAAGGAAAUGGAGGAAGACUUUUAGAAAUGAAGACAUACAAUAGCAUUGGAGAUUAUACAUAUAAUAGAUAAUUCUAGAGAAUGAGAUAUUUAACAGAAUUACCAGCAGGUAAUAAAUUAAUAUAUACAUAGGUGAUGAUCCUCUUGUUAAAACUAGCGAUUAUUUAUUGCAUGAUUUAGGAGUCACAACUUAAUAAUUUGGAGUUUAACAUGGUGUUGUUAAGAAAGUCCCACACGAUAAGUAUCUAUUGUGAGUAAUAGGGCAUAUAUAAUAUACAAUAAAUUAAUUCAUAAUAUACU